AUGCCCACAGGGAAGCUAUAUGGCAACAAAGACAACUUCAGGACUUUGAAGGUGUUGAUAGCAGCCAAGUUGGGGAAUUCCGAGCUGCAACUGGUGGGAGAGCAUCCGCCUGUUGACAAGUUCCCGCUUGGUAUUACGCCAGCGUUCGAAGGUGAUGUAAACUUAUUCGGUGCUGAAUCGAUCGCCGUCCAUGUAGCUGGUUGCUCUUCCGGAUGCGCUGAAGUCGUGCAGUGGAUACAGUGGGCUGAAGGUAGUCUCCUUCCCACAGUGCUGGGAUAUGUUCUUCCUUCUGUCUCAGCUGCAAGUAUUGAUAAAAAGGUCGUUGACACGUACAAGGCGGAGCUUUUUGCCCAAUUAGCACAUCUUAACCAGAUACUGCUGACCAAAACCUACCUCGUUGGUGAACGAUUCUCUAUCGCCGAUAUUUCGGUUGCUUUGGACCUUCUUCCUGCUUUCCAGCAUGUAUUGGACGUAGCAAUUCGAAAGAAAUUUGGGAAUGUAACGCGUUGGUUCCAAACGGUGUUACAUCACCAGAUCGUGAAGGAAGUUGUCGGUGAAGUUCAUUUUUGUGAGAAGGUGUCACACUUUAAUAGUGAGACAUUCAACGAAAUAUCUAAGAAGGAUUCGAAGCCGACUCUAAAGCCAAAGGAGGUUGAAAUGGACGAUGAUGCUGAUGAACCCGUUGCGGAGAAGACAAAAGAUCCAUUGGUCGAUAUGCCAAAAGAGAAUUUCGUCAUGGACAGUUUCAAGCGAGUAUAUUCAAACGAGGACACCGCUACAAAAGCGAUUCCAUAUUUCUGGGAUAAUUUUGAUGCAGACGCUUACUCCAUCUGGUUCUGCGAAUACAAGUAUCCAACUGAACUUACACUCACCUUCAUGAGUUGUAACCUCAUUUCUGGAAUGUACCAGCGCCUGGAGAAGCUUAAGAAGAAUGCCUUUGCUUCGAUGGUCCUUUUUGGGACAGACAAUAAUUCUUCUAUCAGCGGAAUUUGGAUAUGGCGAGGUCAAGAUCUGGUCUUCACUUUAUCUCCUGACUGGCAGGUCGACUACGAGUCUUACAUGUGGACUAAGCUGGACCCCACGGAUGAAAAGACCAAGAAGAUCGUAAACGAAUAUCUGAUGUGGGAAGGUGAUUUUGAUGGAAAGAAGUUCAACCAAGGAAAAAUUUUCAAGUAG